AUGUAUUUGGGUUACUGGAUAUUUGGUUUAGCUCCCUUUACUAGAAGCUAUAAAUUGUAUGAAGUAUUUAUACUACUAUGGUGCUGCGAAAUUGCCUGGUCCACUUAUCUGGCCAUAAUCUAUGAUGUUUUUGGUGAUGAGCACAGUCUUGAUGGUUUAGUAAGCUUUAUACUAUACUUUACCCAUAUGGUGGGUCACUUAAUAGUGCUGGCUGAAGCUUGGAAGAUGCGUCAACAACGUUUAGUUUUAUAUGAACAUUUUAAUAAGAUCAACAUUGAUUUAAAAGAUGAGCUGAGGAAGGCGCAACAUAGAGGCAUGUCAGCUAUGAGAUUGAGCUUUAUAGUCUUGGGUGUUAUAAUACUGUUAACAUGUGGUCAUGGCAUUAUAAUGUGGACUACAUUUGAGACCAAAUCACCAGCUAGUCUAUUGUAUUGGCGUUCACUGCAAAGUUAUUUAGCUUUACAAUUUAGAACUUUGGAAUUUUUAACUGGUUUAGUGCACUUAAGUUAUUAUACUUUAGUGAUACGCAAAUCUCUUAAUUGUAUGGGUGAACGUAAUUUGAGAAGAGUUUUUAAAGGAUUAAGUAAAUAUGACGAAUCAGAAGUAAUUAUGGUAGCAUCCGUUAAUGAGGAGGAGGAAGAUGAACAACUAUUGGUAGUUAUAAAAAAUUGCUAUAAUGAGAUUUAUUCUACAAUAAAAAUAUUCAACGCAGCCUAUGGCUGGUCUAUAUUGGCUUCGACAGCAGUGUUUUUUGUAGAUUUUGUUUGCAAUUCCUAUUGGAUUUUAUUGGCUGUUCUAAGUCAGGGUAGAGACUAUUAUGGUCUUUUACAGAAUGCUGCAUUUGCUUUGUUAGCUUUCAUUUUAUUGACCAUAAUAUGUUGGUAUGCUGAAGAGUGUUAUUACGAGAGUCGUUAUAUUGGUUGUUUGAUCUCGAAAUUGGUUAAACCUUUGGGUAAUAAAUUCUCCAACGAUUUGGUUAGUGAGUUUUCGGUACAGACUUUACAUCAGCGCUUUAUUAUAACGGCUAAGGAGUUUUUUAGCUUGAAUUUAAGUCUAUUGGGAAGUAUGGUUGCCGCCAUUGUUACUUAUUUGGUCAUACUUAUACAGUUUAUGUUCAACGAGAAAAGUAAUAAUGAAAGUAAAUUUAUUACCAAUGCUGACCUUGUGACCUCAACUACACCAUCUGCUUUUAAAAAUCGUUAA